AUGAAGACAAGUGUUCACUGCCGCUUGCGUGCCGAUGUUACGGCCGAACCACUUCCUCCCGAGGAUGACAUCGAAUUUGCGAACUCAGGACGUGGCCUGGUGGUCGUCGGAACGCUUCUGGCGCCGAGAAACGCUACAGAGCUUCAGGCUGGUGAGGCCAUGGUCUUCCUCGAAGUAACCGCUACCUGGUUCGUACAACAUUUGCUUGCGUUGUAUCGAGGAGGACAGGAACCAUGA